AUGGCUGUUCUUUCUCUCUUACGUAGAAGAUCAACAGAACCCUACAAACUCAAGAAGAAAUCAAACUCUUCACCACCACCCCAACAAAGAACCACCUGCCUCCCAUCUUUCUCCAUCCUUCUCUUCAUUCUCUCCAUUCUCUUCCCAUUUUGGUACUUCUCCAAUCUCCUUCUCACUCAUUCCUUGCACCUCUGCAUCUCCUCCAGAAAGCUCUCCUCCCAUAAUCUCUACUGCAUCCCUGAUGCCACAACUACUCUCAACACCACCAUGAAUAUUAAUACUUUCAUUGAUCCUGAUGAGCAAGAGAGAAUUAGUGCCAUCAAGGAUGUACACAACCUACUCCAAACCAUCCGUUCUUGGGCAUCAAACACCAGCUUCACCAAUCUAAAGUCAUGUGAAGGAAGAGCAAUCUAUGUCUAUGAUCUCCCUCCCAAGUUCAACAAGGACAUAACCUCACAGUGCAAUGACAUGCUCCCAUGGAUGGACCUCUGUGAGUUCUUCUCCAAUGAAGCAUUGGGUCAGUCCAUUCAUAAUCUUGGCAAAGGGUGGCACAACACUCACCAGUACUUCCUUGAACCAAUAUUUCACAACAGAGUUCUUAAUCAUCCUUGCAGAGUUCAUGACCAGGAUCAUGCCAAGCUCUUUUAUGUUCCUUUUUAUGGCGGCCUUGAUGUUCUUAGAUGGCACUUCAAGAACGUGUCAACCAAGGUGAAGGAUUCUCUUGGUGUUGAGCUUCUCCAAUGGCUAGGGAAUCAGAAAUCAUGGCAACUCAAUGGAGGGAAAGAUCACAUGUUUGUUCUUGGGAAAAUCUCUUGGGAUUUCAAGAGAAGUGAAAGGCAGUGGGGUAGUAACUUCUUGUCUCUUGAUAAAAUGCAAGCUCCUUACAAGUUCUUGAUUGAAAGGGAACCAUGGAGGAUGAAUGAGAUUGGGAUUCCACAUCCAACACACUUCCAUCCUCACAGUGAUGAAGAUAUCAUUAAAUACCAAUCUAAGAUCACGAACUCUCAGCGCAUGAACCUUGUGAGCUUCGCCGGUGCUGCAAGACCGGAUGCAGCAGAGAACAUAAGGUCAAUGCUUAUCAAGCAGUGCAUGAAUAGCAUUGGUGAUUGCAAGUUCCAUGAUUGUGCAUCCAGAGGUUGUGCUGAUCCGGAGAAGGUUCUAACAUUGUUCAUGGAGAGCGAGUUCUGCAUGCAGCCUCCCGGAGAUAGUCCAACGAGGAAAUCGGUUUUUGAUAGCUUGGUUUCGGGUUGUAUUCCGGUGUUGUUUGAUCCCUUUACAGCUUAUUAUCAGUACCCGUGGCACUUGCCAGAGGAUCAUAGGAAAUAUUCAGUGUUUGUGGAUCAAGAAGAGGUCAGGAAUGGGAAGGUGAAUGUGAUUGAGGUGUUGAAGAAGAUAGCUUUGGAGGAUAGGAAGGAGAUGAGGAGGUACAUUGUGUAUGAGCUCAUGCCUAGGCUUGUUUAUGGAGAUUCAAGCUCUCAGUUUGUUAAGUUUCGGGAUGCUUUCACUGUUGUGAUGGAUAAUAUGAUCAGUAAGGUCACAAGUAGUUCUCUAUAG